CUUUUUUAUUUUAUUUUUUUUCUUUAUUUUAAACUUUUAUUAGCAAGUUUAAUCAUACUUCAAUUUCGCAUUUAUUUAUUUAUUUAUUUAUUUUUCCAUCAUGACAACCUGUUGUGCUAGACUGAGUAAAGUCUACAUGAUUACUACGAAUACAUUAUUUAUCUGUUUGGGUAUUGCAUUUAUCGCUUUCGGCUUAAUUGGUAUGAAAGAUGGAUUUAACGGUGCAACUCUAUUUCCAGAUAAUAUAUUUAAAUAUAUUGUCAUUUUGGGUAUUAUAAUUUGUGUUGCAGCUUUAUUUGGUAUUACAGGCGCUUAUGUGAAAAAGAAUAUAAUUACAUAUUUGUAUAUGAUUAUCAUUAUUGCAGCACUCAUCUUUCAAGUUCUUAUUGGUGUACAAAUCUACCAAAAGGCUGCUAAUUCAUCCAAAUAUUUAAGUGACUUAUGGUCAAUUGCAAGUACAAGUUAUAGAGCAAAUCUUCAAAAUCAGUUUAACUGCUGUGGUUUUCAAACAUCAAUUGAUAAUUACGCUUUAACCAAUAGGUGUCAACCUACAACAAGUUUAACAAAUCCUUUAUCUCCUUGUGCAUACAUCUUACAGCAAUAUAUUAAAAGUACAUUCUCUAAAAUAUAUUAUAUCAUAUUUGCAGCCCUUGCUUUACAAUUAUUAGCCAUGUCAAAUGCAAUUACUUUACUUUGUACAAGUGGAGAUAAAAGUUAUGAUGACGAAGAAGAAAGACGUAAACGCAGAAAAUCGGGUAUUCGAUUAGAUGAUAUGACAGUGGAUACACCUACUACUUUAGUAGGUUCUCCUAUUGAUGAACAUAAAUAUUACGAUGAUUAUUAUCGUAAUGGUAAUAAUAAUAGUCGAUAUGAUAGCUAUGAUAUGUAUCGAUAUAAUAAUGAUUAUAAUCAGCACCAUCAUCAUCAUGAUAAUAAUAGAGGAAAUACCUAUUACUAAAUUAGUAAACUAC